UCCAUGUUGUGGGGAGGCCACAGCGUGGGAGUCUCUGCCUGGAUAUGAGGGUGCCAGGGCUGCAAAGAGGGCUGGGUGGUGGGAGAGGGGCAGCAGCUCUGGGACCUGCACUGCACCCAGUGUCACCACUUCUCCCUUCCCUGCUCAAGGUCCACCCCAAAGGGCUCCUCCCACCCCACCUCACUUGGGGUCACGCACUGGAGACAAGAUGGGAAAACACCACCCUUGUCACCCUGUGGCACUGAAAGUUAGUCCAGCAGUCUCGCAGGGGGCAAGCUGGGCAGUUCAGUGUUUUAGCCUCACAUUUCCUGUCUGGCCCAUUCUCGGUCUGGUUGCAGUGUGGGUGGACAAGGUGAAGACAGUUGCCAGGGUACCCAGGGAUGGCCUGAGGCCUCUCCCCGUGCCCUGACACCCAUGUUACUCUGAGCAGGAAUCAGGUUCUGGAUGGGAGAGGGCUGCCAGGGGGCUGGAGCUGUAGUCAGGGAAGGAAGGGGCUGAGAGUGGGACGGCUUCCUCUGGGCCCCUUCUCUGGUCCUGUCCCAGACCUCACACCCCUCACCAUGCCCUCGUCUGCCCAGCAGUCCUGAAUGGCCUUCAAGGGUCAGGCCAAGUUAAGUUCUGCCCAACCCCAAGUGGGCACUGGGGGCUUCCAUCUGCCCACCCAGUGGGCUUUGACUCCUGGCCUGAUGCAGGCGCAAGUCCAGGUGGCAUGGAGGUGGCCAGGGCCAAGGGCUCUGAAUUUGAAGUCGGGGGUCCUCUGUGGGACAAGUCACUCAACCUUCUUCUUCAUAGGGGGUGUCAGGGCCUGGGAAGAGGUCCCAGACCAGGCCCAGGGUUCCUCUUUUUUUUGUUUGUUUUUUUGACACAGAGUCUCAUUAUGUCAUCCUCGGUAGAGUGCUGUGGCGUCACAGCUCACAGCAACCUCAAACUCUUAGGCUCAAGCAAUUCUCUUGUCUCAGCCUCCCGAGUAGCUGGGACUAUAGGCGCCCACCACAACUCUCAGCUAUUUUUAGAGAGGAGGUCUCACUCUUUCUCAGGCUGGUCUUGAACUCGUGAGCUCAGGCUACCAGAAUGCUAGGAUUACAGGUGUGAGAGAAGUAAACUUCAGCCUCCCAGAAUGCUAGGAUUACAGGUGUGAGAGAAGUAAACCACUGAUACAUAUAUAUAUUUCUAGAGAUGGGAUCUCACUCGUGCUCAGGCUGGUCUAGAACUCCUGAGCUCAAGCGAUCCACCUACCAUGGCCUCCCAAAGUGCUAGGAUUACAGGCAUGAGCCACUGUGCCCAGCAGGUUUCCUUUUAAGAAGGAAGGGGGCUGCUUGAGGGGGCUGCAAGGAAGGAACAAGCUGCCUCACCUGUGCCUGCGGCCGUCCCAUCCUCCCCCACCCUUGCCCAAGCUGGCGGUCUUUAAUGGGGACUAGUGUGGAGCCUCAUGAGCGUGGCUGUGAGAGCAUUUGGUGGCAGCGUGUGGGCAGGGGUGUGCAUCCCCCCAUCUCAUGGCCUUAGUCAGGGUCCCUGGAGCCAGGCAUGUCCCGGUUUCAGGCUCCCAACACCGCGAGGUCUGGCCGCAGCCCCAUGAGAGCAGAGGCCAAGGGGUCAGAGCUGCCUGUGCUGGUGAAGCUGAGGCGGCCUCUUCACCCCAGUUUCCCUCACUCUGCUGAGGACCCCCGAGAGAUCUUGGCAUACAAGGUCAAGACCACACACCAGGCAGCUGGAAGAGGGAGGAAACAGCACAUCCCCAGACUGUCCCUGCCACUCCUAGGGUCACAAACACUCCCGGGUGAGACUAAGGUGCCCACCCUACCCACAGGGAGCCCUACUCACAAGGAUUUUCAGCUGCCACUUAGGAGCGGAAGACAGAGGCAGCGGCCGCAGGAUGAAUACAGAGACUGAGGGCUAUUAAUUACGUCCUCCCUGAGGUCUGAGAGCCACUUUGCCACAACUCCCCUGUCCCCAGAUCAGACAGUGUCGAGAAAAUGGAUUGCCCAGCUCCCCUUAAUAAUUCAUGCCUGGAUUAAGUGCCAUGUGUCGGGAGGUGUCAGCUGUGCUAUAUCCUUGUGGCUCCUUGUGGUCUGGACUCUGUGGCCACCAAGCAGGCUCAGGCCAGAGCUGGCUUUCGGCUGUGGGGUAGACCACAGGCCACCUGCAGCUUCUGUAAGCACCCCCACGCCCCCGCCAGGUCCCAGGCCUCCCAAAGUGCAGAGCCAGCCUGUGCCACGCUGAGCUGAGCCCAGGCAGGUACCUUGACGACCUGGUCUUGGCGGUGUGCCCUGUGGGCCCCUUGGGAGCCCUGGAAGGUGAAGCUCAGAGCAUGGGCACCUAACAGGGAACAUCUGGCUGCCCCGCCGUCCUCAAGGAAACGCAGCCUCAGCCUCUUGCACCCCCCAAACCUGGAAACGGGCAGAUGGUAAAGCAUCACCUGUAAGCCUGGCCCCCAAAUCCCUCCAGGCCAGGCUUUGUGGGGAGCAAGCUUGGCACAGCCAAGCAGGACAGGCCCCUUGGCUACUAGGAGUACAUCGUACUAAGUAACUACACUGAGUAACAAGACAGCUUGCCUGGAGCCUGGAGGCCUUGGGCUAGGGGAGGGGGCCUGGGCCAGACCUGGGUCAGUUUCCGUAGACCCCCAGCCCUCCCCAGAAUCUCCCAGAAUGAGGACACUUGGCCAGGCCAGACUCAUCCCCAAAGAAGCUGAGGCUGAGAGGGGCCUGGCCCCAGCCUGACAGUGCCUUCAGCCAGCUUGGUGCCUGCACCCCAGAGCACUGGCCGCCUCCUGUCAGUCAGGGAGGACAAAGGCAGGCUGAGUUGGCAUUGACUUGUGGAGACUUGUCCAACUUUUAUUAGCCAUCAGUGGGGAGGGAUUAAUUAGUGCCAGGAGCUAAGUUUGGCAUAGGAGGUCCAUCUAACUUGUUCGGACAGCCAGGCUGGCCAGGAGCUCCCAGUGCCCCAGCCCCGAGGCCUGCAGCCCUUUCUGGAGGGCAGGCAUGAGUGGGCAGAGCAGGCGUGGCUCUCCCAUGCAGAUCUGUGGGACAUCCCCUCAGUGUGUCCUGGCUGUCAGCAUGGUUUGAAGGAUGCAGGACCUCUGGGCAGGAGGGAGGCACCUCCUGGGGGCUCCCUAUGCGAGAAGACCAGCAAUUCCUGGGGCAGUCAGGGAAGCCUUCCAGGUGGAGGUGGAGGAUGCUGCUUUGGACACCUAUGACCUGGUGUAUGAACAGGCAGUGAAGACUGCGUCUCUUGUCUGGCAGCAGGAGCUAGCGGCCAUCCAGGAUACGGCCAGGGACCACCAGUGCCCAGAAGCCAGCCAGGCCCUCCAGCCAGCAGGCAGUCAGUGUGGCUUCACAGGGGACCCCAGGAGUGGACUAUUGGCCUCAGGAAGGCCUCUUGCCAGGGCCCCGAUGCCCAGUGGCUGGUGCUCCCUCAGGAACAAUGGCUGUACCUUGGGCCCCAGCCCCGGCCCCUACCUAGGCCCUUUGUCCUUGUGGUCCCUGUUUCCCCGUGGGUUCCAUCUGCUUCCUGUGGUCUCCAGGUCAAAUGGGGGGUCCCACUUGUCUGCUCUUGUAGUUUCUGUGCUGUGGGAAGAGGUCUCCUUUCGGCCAUCUUGGGGACGUGGAAGCCAGUCUGUGCCAGGGAGAGGAGGCAGCAAGAGAGGACUGCCUGCAGAGCAUCCAGAGCCUCCUGAGGCCGCACCAGCACGUCCUCUCCACCCUGAGUGGCAUCGGCCUGGCCCUCAUGGUACCCACCCAACCAGCCCACACACAGAGGGAGGGGAGGGUGGGAGCCCUGUUACCACCCAGGCCGGGUUUAGGACCCUGGACACAGCUGGUUCCUGGUGUCCCUGGACACCUGGUGGUACCCUGUCCUGAGG